AAUGACUAUGACGCGCUUCAGCGGCCAAACACUGACAGCCAAUCGGAAUGUAGACGCUCUUCGCUUGCGUGGAUCCCAGGGAACACCGGCAGGCACUUUGGUUCCUACCUACCUUCAUUCACUCGCUGAACAAAAUGUCGGCUGAAGUACUAAUCGCGGCUGUAACUGGGCACCCGGUGUUGUACGACCCAACCCUUUUUCAGUUUAGAGAUCGGAACUCCAAGGCCCUGGCCUGGGCGGAGGUGUCACGCGUGGUUGGUUUGUCCGUAAAUGAGUGCAUCAAGAAGUGGAAGGGUCUCAGGGACACCUACAGGAAGAAUAGGAAAAAGGAAAAGAGGAGGAGUGGUGCAGGGGCAGGUGGAGGGAAGCCAUGGAAGUAUGCCCGCAUAAUGGCCUUCAUAGAUCCAUUCAUGGAAGACCGCCAUAGCCAGACCAACAUGGCAGGGCCAGUGAGUGAGACUGAGGAGGACACAGACCAGGCAGCACCAGGGAGAGCACCGGUCGAGGACCAGGACGCACCGGGGAGAGCACAGGCCGCUGACCGGCUAGCACCACAGGCCGCUGACCAGCUAGCACCACAGGCCGCUGACCGGCUAGCACCACAGGCCGCUGACCGGCUAGCACCACAGGCCGCUGACCGGCUAGCACCACAGGCCGCUGACCGGCUAGCACCACAGGCCGCUGACCGGCUAGCACCACAGGCCGCUGACCGGCUAGCACCACAGGCCGCUGACCGGCUAGCACCACAGGCCGCUGACCGGCUAGCACCACAGGCCGCUGACCGGCUAGCACCACAGGCCGCUGACCGGCUAGCACCACAGGCCGCUGACCGGCUAGCACCACAGGCCGCUGACCGGCUAGCACCACAGGCCGCUGACCGGCUAGCACCACAGGCCGCUGACCGGCUAGCACCACAGGCCGCUGACCAGCUAGCCCCACAGGCCGCUGACCAGCUAGCACCACAGGCCGCUGACCAGCUAGCACCACAGGCCGCUGACCGGCUAGCACCAAAGGCUGAGGAGCAGGCAGCAGGAAAGAGCAGGAGAAAGACAGGACGAGGCAGAGACCAGACUCGUGAUGCUCUUGAUGCGGAGAGGCUCAUCACAGCUAUAGAGGCUGUUAGCAAUCGAGUAGUGAGUCAGAGUCCUCCAGAGGACUCUGACUCACUAUUCUUUCGAAGCCUCCAAGAGGAUUUUAAAAAGCUGUCUCUUAAGACUAGAGAGGAUCUAAAGUUCCAAAUGUACAGGAUGGUGUACGAGGCCAAGUGUCGUGAGGUUGGCAUGUGGGAUGAGGGGAACGGGGUGCAGCUGACAACAUUGUGAGGGGUGUAAUAGUAAGCUUAUUACCCUCGCAGUGCUGUCAGCUGCACCUUGUUCUCCUCCCUCACAUGCCAUUUAUACACACACACACACACACACACACUUCAAUUUUACAACUUUCUUUUGAUGUUCUCUUUCACAUGUACACAAGUUGGUUUCUUUGUUAAGUUCCCACAUGUGCACUUUUAUCAGCAUUUGC